AAUGAAAGAGCUGAUAUAAGCGAUCGCGUAUAUAUUUUGUGCGAUAUUAUAAUUCAUAAAUAAAAGAAAGAGCUCGAAAGAGAUUAAGAGUCCAUAUAAAUAAUCGAAGAAAUUUAUUAGAAUAAUUGUAAUUGUUGGCAAUAUGAUGAUGCAGAUUUGUUAUUGAUUUACGUAUUGAAACGCAAAGUUGAUCUAACCUAUACAAGUUACAUUUGCGUUCUUUUACGUAAGACUUGCUUGUAACUUUUGAUUGCAACAUGACAUCUCGCGCAACAAUUUUCUUUAAUUUUGCACGUUAUUAUUCGCAAGAAGUGAGGCGACGAAUAAAAUGGAAAGACAAGGAGGGUAAUCUAGAAGGUGUAAAAUAUGGAUUUGUUAAAUACUUUCCAAGACAUCCAAAUCAUGUUGAUCCACCAUUUGAGCCGAGCAAACUUUUAUUGGUGAAACGAGUAAAACCUUUUGCAGGUAAUCCUUGGUGGGAGAAAAGAAUGUUGAAAGAUCUCGGUUUCGAGGACAAGAAACACUUCAAUGUUCCAAUGAUCCUCAAAAACACACCAGAGAUUUGUGCUAUGCUCUGGAAGGUGAAACAUCUGGUAAAGAUCCUUCCUAUAAAGUUACCCAAUGAACUGCCAACUGCAGAUGAUCUAAAUGGCACGUAUUUACACGAAAAUGGCACAUUUUACAUUGUACCAAAAGUAGAUCCUGCUCGCGAAGAAGCUACAAUAAAAUUUGUAAAUGAUCCAAAAAAACUGAAUCGCGAUAUUAUUCAAGAAAAACUGAGACUUAAGUGGUUAGAAGGACGUUCUAUGUCUUGAAACAAAUGUAAUAAAUAUAAUAAAUAAUUUUGUUGCACUAAA